GAAGACGAAGGCACAAUCUGUUACCAAGUCGACGCCAAGAGCGUUUGCGUAGCUCGUCGCCAAGAUAAUGAUAUGAUCAACGGCACUAAACUGCUCAAUGUCGUUGGUAUGUCUCGAGGUAAACGAGAUGGCAUCUUGAAGAACGAAAAAGGUCGCGUGGUCGUUAAAGUAGGAGCAAUGCACCUCAAGGGCGUCUGGUAAGUUUCUUCAAGUUAUAAAACCGAUUCAUAACACUUUUUAUGUGUAGGAUAACCUUUAGUCGAGCUAAAGAUUUAGCCACAAAAUUCAGAAUAUUUGAUAUUCUUUAUCCUCUAUUUGUCGAAGAUCCUUCCAUUUUUCUGUCAAUACCCCCUCCUCCUCCAUCCUCUUCAUCUACAACAGCGCCCACGAAUACGAAUUUGCCAUUUAUGCUGCCAUCCAAAGGCUAUUACAAAAAUGACUAUCAGUUACAGCAAUGGGGGAAAUCCCCUCAGCAGCAUUAUUUGCCUAGUAUCAAUCAAGAAAUGACCAUGCGUGCACUGUCUCCUACAGAGAAUCAUAAUCAUAAUAAUCAUCACCAUCAUCAUGACAACCAUAAUCCAGAAAACGGUAGUAUGUACCUGAUCAAUCAUCCUCACGACUAUCGCUUAAAUAGAAAUCAACCUCCUUAUCAUGUACAUGAUAAUCCUUCUCAUUUCGCUCCAGUCUAUCAACGUCGAUCUUUGAUGGAUGGAAAAGAGGAAUCAGAAGAACAAAGACAGAUCGGAUUUCCUUCAAGUCCACCACCCGAAGUGAAAUAUUAUAAUAAUAAUAAUAAUAAUACCUUUGGUCCUCCUUCUUCUUCUCAACCUGAAGAACAAGGCAAAAACUCAAGAAAGAGAGCAUCUACAAUCAUGAAUAGCAAUCCAAAGCGUAUAAGAAGUGAUAAAGAAUUCUAUUAAGAAAGGCCUAUAUUUUACAUAUAAUUAUUAUAAAAAAAAGCAACAUGUUUAUUUACAAAUUUAAUAAAAAGAAAAGCUAAAUAGCAUUAUAACCUUC